UCAUGGCUUGGGUGCCCACGUCACGGUUCGAGCACGAUCUGGUGCAGUUGGAGCCGGACUUCAAUAUGGUCCGUGGACAGAUCGCCUAUGAACUGAGGAAGAAAGAGAAACUCUCAGGAACCGUUCCCAUUCAUACCUAUGAGCAUUUGGAAGCCCGCGAAGAUCUGCUUGGAUAUGGGACGCCGGGUGGAAGGGGGCGAGAGAUUCGUCAAAGUCUGCAAAUGAUGGAGACGAUUCAGAGAGUAGCUGGCACCAAGCCGCUGGGCGUGCACGCCACAAUGGAGGAUUGGGAGGACACCGCAACGGCGGAGAGGGAGGCGAUUGCCAUCACCCGGAGCUUCGGAAGAUUGUCCGUUAGACAGAACUCACCGGCCCUCCAACCGCAUAGCUUACCUGCGGUUGCUCAAAUUGAAAGCCAGCGAUUUCCUCUGAUCACAGAUCGCGAGUUUCCACAGAAGAUUCGUAGACCAAAGGAUCUUCCUGGUCAUAUAUAAAAAUAAAACUACAAUUACAAAUCGUU